CAUCUCUGGCCUUCUCCGCUCUUCGAAUGAGCAACGCUUCGAAAUAAAGAGAGUAACGGCAAAAGAGAAAUACAGGAAAAUGCAGGCGUUAAUCUCAAAUGUCUCCUGUUACUCCCACGUUUCGAGAUUCCCUACGACUUUUCCCAUUCUCAGAAACGAUUCCUACGACACGAGGUUCCGCAGAACGACGAUAAAAAUCAGGGCCAGUUCAGAUGGUGCUGAUACACCGACGGCCGAGGAACGCGAAGGAGAGCUAGAAAGUCCAGACUCUAAAGAAGAAAGCAGGAAUUCUAAUCCAUCAUCUACAGCUCCUGCAAUCGACAAAGACAUCAAAAAGGUUGUUCAAAAGACUGCUGCCACCUUUGCACCAAGGGCUUCCACUGCCACCAAGAACCCUGCAGUACCUGGAACGACUUUAUACACAGUUUUUGAACUUCAAGGUUAUGCAUCAAUGCUGUUCGGUGGGGUCCUUUCCUUCAAUCUCAUAUUCCCAUCCAAUGAACCUGACAUAUGGAGAUUAAUGGGCAUGUGGUCUAUCUGGAUGUUCACAAUCCCUUCCCUUCGGGCCCGAGACUGCUCAAAGAAUGAGAAAGAAGCUCUCAAUUAUCUCUUUCUUCUCAUCCCCUUACUCAAUGUUCUAAUCCCAUUCUUCUGGAAAUCCUUUUCAGUUGUCUGGUCUGCAGAUACUAUAGCAUUUUUUGGAAUGUAUGCAUGGAAGCUCGGGUGGCUACAAAAAACAAAAUAGGAGCUCGUUGCAUCCUUUUGUGCUCAUCUCAGGAGUUAAAUGAAUUUCUCCUGUUUGUUAAUUGAAACCGACUUCCAAAUCCAUGAUGCAUCUCCAGUUGGAUAUAAAUCACAAUACAAGGCAUGGAAAUUCGCCUUCGCCCAUGUAACCAUCAAACCAGAUGACCUGAUCAGCUGCAAGAACAUGGUUUUGGAGUCAUGACAAGAGAAACAAACACUGUUCAGAGAGUGGUGGAUAUCUAUUAUCUUGUAUCAUAUCUUAUUCUGAGGGGGUUUGGCCAGAACGCCGGAGCUAUAUAUAUUAUUACUUUUUGGAUAACAUGUACUGGGGUGCCAAAUUCUGAGGAGUCAUAAUUUAAUAGAGGAUAUGGCUCUUGAUCAAGUGAAUGACAAAACAGGAUUCAUAUGGCCGAUGCCAAAUUGUUGGUAUAAGAUUUUGUUGAGUUGAAUUGGUUGUA